UGUAACCCGGCGGGUGUCUGCGGAGUCGCGGCUGCCGGAGCAUGGAGCCUCCUAAGGUGGAAAAGUUCCGCACCGCCGAGCGCGGGAACGGGCUGCGCGCCGCGGCGUCGCUGCGGCCGGGGGAGCUGCUUUUCCGCUCGGAUCCGCUGGCUUACACGGUGUCCAAGGGGAGUCAUGGUGUGGUCUGCGACCACUGCCUGCUCAGGAAGGAAAAGUUAAUGCGAUGUUCUCAAUGCCGAACUGCCAAAUACUGCAGUGCCAAGUGUCAGAAAAAAGCUUGGCAGGACCAUAAGCGGGAAUGCAAAUGCCUUAAAAGCUGCAAACCUAGAUAUCCUCCAGACUCUGUCCGACUUCUUGGCAGAGUUGUUUUCAGACUUAUAGAAGAAACACCCUCUGAAUCGGAGACACUUUACUCAUUUUAUGACCUAGAGUCAAACAUUAACAAACUGACUGAAGAUAAGAAAGAGGGCCUCAGGCAACUUGCAAUGACAUUUCAGCAUUUCAUGAGAGAAGAAAUACAGGAUGCUUCUCAGCUGCCAUCUUCCUUUGACAUUUUUGAAGCCUUUGCCAAAGUGAUCUGCAAUUCUUUCUCCAUCUGUAAUGCAGAGAUGCAGGAAGUCGGGGUUGGCCUAUAUCCGAGCAUGUCUUUGCUCAAUCACAGCUGUGACCCCAACUGUUCAAUUGUGUUCAAUGGUCCCCACCUCUUACUGCGUGCAGUCCGCGAUAUCCAGGCCGGAGAGGAGCUCACCAUCUGCUACUUGGACAUGCUGAUGACCAGUGAGGAGCGCCGGAAGCAGCUGAGGGACCAAUACUGCUUUGAUUGUGACUGUUUCCGUUGCCAAACCAAGGACAAGGAUGCUGACAUGCUAACUGGUGAUGAGAAAGUAUGGAAAGAAGUUCAAGAAUCCCUGAAAAAAAUUGAAGAACUAAAGACACAUUGGCAGUGGGAACAAGUUCUGGCUAUGUGCCAGGAGAUCAUAAGCAGCAACUCGGAGAGGCUUCCUGAUACCAACAUCUACCAGCUGAAGGUGCUCGACUGUGCCAUGGAUGCGUGCAUCAAUCUGGGCAUGCUGGAAGAGGCCCUGAUCUAUGGUGUUCGAACUAUGGAACCAUACAGAAUCUUUUACCCAGGAAGCCAUCCUGUGAGAGGUGUGCAAGUAAUGAAAGUUGGCAAACUGCAAUUACACCAAGGCAUGUUUCCCCAAGCGAUGAAGAAUCUGAGAUUGGCUUUUGAUAUUAUGAGAGUGACACAUGGAAGAGAGCACAGCCUGAUUGAAGACUUAAUUCUACUCUUAGAAGAAUGUGAUGCUAACAUAAGAGCAUCUUGAAAGAACUCAGUCAGAGGCAUUGCUCAUCCCUUUAUUGGAUGACUUACUGAGGUCACACACUAUGCAGUUUGCUGUGGGAACCUCCCCUGGUGGAAAUGCUCUUCUGUGUUUAUGUAGGUAAAUAAGGGCAGACAUAUGGUUGCAAACCAGAGGAAUAAUUAGCUGUAGAGAAGCAUGAUUAUAAUAAAUACAAUAAAAGGUUGAAAAUGCCACCUAGAAAUUAUUGUGUUUGCUUAUUCUUUGAUAGGUUUAAUAGUUAAGAUGUUAAUGCUAAGGUUAGAAAAUC